UGGGCUAAUACUUGCUCUAUGAAUCACAGUCCUUCUGACAUGAGAACAAUCAGUACUAGCGGGUGUGGUGAGAAUCUUUACAUGUCCUCCAAUGCAAAUUCGUCUAACAAGGUUGGCUGUGCAGUUGCUCAUUGCCCUGGUUCUGAAUAUGAAUAUGUUUAUGUAUGCCAGUACUGCCCUCUGGAAGUUAUGUUUUUUUUUUUAAUAUAAUUUAAUCUGAAGCAAGAUUCAGAACAUUCUAAAUGCUUCUUUAGCUAAAACAACAUUUUUGGGAUCUAACCAACACUCUUUUGCAUUGUUAGAAAGUUUAGGUAUCUACAAGUAACACUUCUCUACAAAUCUAGCAGUUCAAUCAUUUACACAGUGAUUUUUCUUUUUUUUUAUCUUACACUGUGCAGAGGAAACUACCAAAAAUUAUUAAUCACACCCUACAGAGCUGGUCCAUCAUGUGGUGUGCCCAAAUGCUUGUAAAGAUAAGCUCUGCAGUAAGUGUAGAAACUAUUAAUUUACGGUAUUAACAACAAAAUGAUCACGUAUCUUACCAUUUUAUUAUUGGUUCUAAACAACUUUUAAAAAAUUGCUAUUCUGCAAUGCACUGGGUAACUCUUUCAAUAUCCAGUAAAGUUUUUGAAAGAUAAUUUUAGAUGCUAAUUUAUGUGUGUGAACGUGUGGGUUGCAGUGCGUAGUGAAAGGGUGAUGCAGGUGCUUCAGGCAAGGACAAACACAAAGUUCACGGUUCAAGUUCUUUAUUUUUCUUGACCAAAGUUUAAAUAAUAAAGCUGGCUCUACCCAGCAAUGGGUAUUGCCAGUGCCAAAACAAGGGGCCGCAGUCCCGAAAUAAUAAUUACAAAACCACAGACACAACACAAACACAGACAUGUCUCCGGACAGUGCAUGCUCUUAGUGCAGGUGCGGUGCUGGAAACAGUGAUGCUGGUUAAGUGCAGGUGCGGUGAAGUCCGGGUGAAUCGCUGGCCCUAGUCUGCAACUCCCAGAUCUGUGCUGAAUCAGUCUGGCAAAGACAAAACACACACGUUUGCAAAUAAAACAAAACACUUAACUGAGGUUCCGAACAGUCCUCGUUUCCUCUCAUCAACCACAACAAAGGAACCGAUUACGGCGUCACGUCCCCCUAAAGUACCCUAAGCCCCGCCCCCUCCGAUAGUAGUUCAAUCACGUCUCCUGCAAUUCAUGAAUGAAACUUUGCUUACCGUACAAGGGUGGUGACUCCUGGUACCGUGACGCCAUCCCUUUCCUGAAUGGCCGGCUUCCGACUGCCCUUGGAAUGAACUGCGCAACCAUUCAGUACAAGGCACACAGUUCCUGUUGUACAGUGCCCUCACAGGUCGAGAGGGAGAUUGUUGAUUCGGAUUCAUUCGCUCUUUGUCACAAUGUGCUAUGUUUCAGAACAUCUAAUUCAGUUAUGCAAAUAAAUACUCUUAAGACAUGGUGCUUGUUACUGACUAUACUUAAGAGCAAACCCAUGUGCCUACACAGACAUGUAUUCCAACUGUCCUGCUCUGAAAGACUCUAAUGGAUAUUGCCACUGUGCCAGGCUGGCGUGGUGGUGACAUCACAGACCCGUAAGAAGACUUGUUCUGAUGUUGAAUCAGCACGCAUAGCAAUUGUUUUCUUUAGUUAUUCUUUUACCUCCUCUCUCUGACUCUCGUUCUCCACUCCUGAACUUCCCCGCAAAAGCCGUGGGUCUCCAUUUAUAUGCGACCAUCCCCAGAUUAACAACAAUCAAUCAAUCCGGAGAUGGUCGCAUUCUUUAAAUUAGUCUGCGUGACUGACAGCCAAUUCAAAUUACUUAGCUGACAGUCACGCAUUCUCACGAGAGGUAAAACAAAUCAUAAUAAUACAAAUAAAUCAUAAUAAACAGCGCACAAAUGUACACAGGGGCGGGGCUCCCCGUCACACCACCAAUCGGUUUUGGCUUGGUGUCCUGCUUCAUGCAAGUGUACAAAAGUGUUCUCUUAGGAGGUGUUCCUAUACAUGGAGACUACUGUAUCUAUUGUCUGUGUUUUUCUUGGUGACACUGUUCCCUGUAUUUUAGCUCUGUAUCCAAAUAAAAAGAACCUGAUCAAUUAUCUAUUAUUGUUCAGUGCUUUAUUGCACUGGACUGGAACCUCUUGGGCCGAGAGGAUAUUAAAAAUAACCCCUCUGUUUGUAGCCCCUCUGAGCGAGUGAGUGUCACAAAUCUUGGUGCAGUUGGCAGGAUUUUGGUUGGGUUGAGCAGCACAUUUGCCAACAGUAUGGAGGAGGCACCACACCCAGUGACCAUGAUGAUGUCUUUCUUUAUGGGAGCACCUUUGAUCCCCAAGUUUAUGGAUACUGGGGUAGAAGUGAAAUUGGGUGAGUGGAAGAGAGAAAUGACACGAUAAGCAUGCAGACCUUAAACGAAAGACAAAAAGUGGAUUUAUUAUUGGAUGCUUUAGAAGGGGAUGCUAAGGAUACUGGAUAGGGCAUAUAGGACCACCUCUAAACAAUUUUUUGAUCAAUUGAUCCCACAAAUUGAGGAGUUAUUGACCAGCUUGACUCAAUGCUCCACAUUGGACCUUGCCACAGGUCUAUACAUUUUAACUUUGCUCUAUUCUAUGAUAGUCUUCAAGGUUGCUGUAGUGAUGGAAUGUUUUUUGUUUUUGUUUUUGUCCAGCUGAAAACUAAAAACACAUUUGAUCUGUUUCCAUUAUAUAAUCUUUUGUGUGACAUUUUUGGAAAAGGAUGUGAGAAGGAUAGGACUCUGUUCUGGUGUCCGAAGUUGCCUUGCAGCCCUAAUAGACUGCAUGUUAGGGAGAGCAUGUUUUCCGUGUAUUGCACCCAUCUGGUUCAUGCUUGUGGCCCCAAUUGCUUCACAUACAGGGUGUGUUUUGUGAACAUUUGGUGUCUUUUAUGGUAUGGUUUAGGUCCAUUAUCAUUUCAUUCAGUAUUUGGAGUGUACACGUUUCUAUGUACAUCAUGCAAAGUUGGUGACUCAGUGAUUACAAUAAGUUGAUUGUGAGAUUAAUUUGCUUCACGAGGUAACAGUUGUGGGGAUCAGCACAUUAAAGAUUGAAGCUUCUUCUUUGUUACAGCAUAAUUUUAAUCUAACUUUGCUCAUAAACGGUACCAUAUUUUGAAUGCUGCACCAUCUAAUUGUGCUGGAAGACAUUUUGCUAGCGUUUCCUAACAGACAUCUUCAGCUAUGUUCAGUUUUUGAUUUGUGUGUUUUACUAUUUUGUUGUAUUUAUUAUUAGUACACUGGUGACUAAAUGGUAGGACUGAUUGACAUUCUGAGGAACCCAAUUGCAUCACCUGUUACCCAUUACCUCAUUCCAUUACUAACUGCCUAUAAAAGGUGUGUUGUCAGCUUAGUGCAGGCAGAGAGCAGGGCAGAUUGUGUUGCUGGAGGAUCCAGACGAGGAAGUGGACGAGAGGAAUCUCUGGAGGAACAGACUGCAGGAAGAACCUGGAAAAGUUGGACCAAGAGAUCAAGGGAAGUUACAACUAAGUAAUAGUACUUUUGUAUGCGUGGUGAACCCUGUCUAGCUUGCAUAUAAGUGCACUGGGCUAGAAUAAUUUUGUUCAGUGUGCGACUAGAAACAAUUUUAUUUGACAGUACAAUACAUAUAUUGACUUUACUGCUGUAUAGGAGUUAUGAAGUGUGUCAAAUAGCAUUAUACUGAUUGUACAUAAUUAUUGUGAUAGUCUGUAUAAAAGAUGACCCACUGGAGUAUUGUUAUAAACUUAAAAUUGCAAUACAAUAUGUUGCAACUGCAGUGACGGGGGCUUUGUUUGUUCUUUUGGCUUGUUACAGCAGGUGCCUGGGCCCGGGGUUUUAGGCUGACACCCUGUUGGAUGGUGACCAGCGGGACAGCAUUCGGGAUGGAGAGAAGCCGGUCCUGUGUUGGGCUAAUUUAUAGUGAAGAGGACAAGGGCCAUUUUCAGCCAGGAGUGAUACUACAAGCCGGGACACAAGGAAUAUGAGGUUGUAUCUUUCUGUGCUACAGCCUCCCUUCUCAUUGUUGAGAAGCACCGGGACCCUCCCUGCCUAUUUGCACAAUUGAACUUGUUUUUAGAUAGUGUUAACCUUAUCCAAUUGUUUUAGUAAGAAUUGUGAUUUUAGAUAGAUGUCAUGUAUAGCUUUAGCUGGGAUUGUAUUGUGUAAAUUGUGAUUUGGAUAAAGAUUAUUGUGGCCAUUCGUUGCAAUAAAAAUUGAAGCUUA